GCCCUCCCCGCAAGUGUGUCUGUGCAGGAGGAGGGUGCAGUUCGUCAGAGACCGAGGUAGAGAACGGUGAGGGGGCGGCCAAAGUGGAGAGGGGUCAGCAGCAGCCAGAGCAUGCUCUCCACGCAACAGUUUCCUGCCCUGCCUGCGGAGGAGGAGCGCUACCGGCAGGUCCUCUCCGCCAGCCGGGUCUUAGGAACAGAUGAGGAUGAUAUGGGGGAUGGUUGCUCUCAGAAACUGGCUUCUGCCAAGUUCCUUCGACUUUUGCUCCUGAUACUGAUCCCAUGCAUCUGUGCCCUUAUCCUUUUGCUGGUGAUCCUGCUUACCUUUGUAGGAGUGUUAGAAAAAACAUGCUUUUAUUCAAAUGGAAGUGAGGGCCUCACAGGUGACUUUGAAACGUCUCCUGAUCUUUUGCCAAAUAUGGUUGAAAAUAGUUCCGAGACUGAUCCCACAGUGGAUCUCAGCACACAGCCCUCUUCUUGGACCACCACGCCUUUAUCCCACAUUGACCAAAUGAACAACAACUCAAAUAUAUUUAGAGAGUCUUUCCAGGAAAAUUCCUUUGGUCCCCCAACUCAAGCCACAGUGCUCAGUCGUCAGCCUGCCUCUGAAGCUGCUUUGGCAGAGGGCUCUGAAGACAACACCCACCUGUUUGCCACUACAGAGAAGAUGAUGUUGUGGUCUACAGAUGCUUCUUUUAACAACACAGAGAGGAUGAGCACUCUGCCAAUAUUAAGUCCUACCCGUCCAUCUGUGUCACAAAAAAUGGAUCAGAAAAAAAGUGCCUGCAGAAAUAUCACCAACAGCCAGUGCCAAAUGCUGCCAUAUAACUACACCACUGUAACUUCAGUUCUUUCCAUUGUAAAAAGUACUGAAAUGGAAAAAUUCCUGAAGUUCUUCAGUUACCUCAAUCGUCUCAACUGCUAUCAACACAUCAUGCUGUUUGGCUGUAGUCUCGCUCUUCCUGAAUGCAUCGGUGAUGGUGAUGACAGUCGAGGCCUCUUGCCCUGCAGGACGUUUUGUGAGGCAGCAAAAGAAGGCUGUGAACCAGUCCUGGGUAUGGUGAAUGCUUCUUGGCCAGACUUCUUGAAGUGCUCUCAAUUCCAGAACAAAACUGAAAAUGACACCACUACAAGGGUAUGCUUCUCACCACAUCAAGAAAAAGGAAAGCAGUCACUGUGUGGAGGAGAGGAGAGUUUCUUGUGUGCCAGUGGGAUCUGCAUCCCAAGGAAACUGCAGUGUAAUGGCUACAAUGACUGUGAUGAUUGGAGUGAUGAGGUCCAUUGUAAUUGCAGUGAUGAUGUAUUUCGUUGUGACACGGGAAAAUGCCUCAAUUAUACCUUUGUUUGUGAUGGAUAUGAUGACUGUGGAGACCUUAGUGAUGAGCAAAAUUGUGAUUGUAAUCCAGUGACACAUCACCAGUGUGGAGAGGGGAGAUGUAUAACAGCUGAUUGGGUAUGUGAUGGUGACCAUGACUGUAUAGACAAAUCAGAUGAGAUCAAUUGCUCAUGUCACAGUCAGGGUCUGGUGGAGUGCAGAAAUGGGCAGUGCAUUCCUAGUGCAUUCCAGUGUGAUGGAGAUAAUGAUUGUAAAGAUGGAAGUGAUGAAGAAAACUGCAGUGAAAACCAAACCCUCUGUCAGGAGGGAGACCAGAGGUGCUCUUCCUGCCCUGAUCCCUGUGGAACUUCUCCCUGUGAGAUGAGAAACAGCCAGGCAAACUGCAGUCAGUGUGAACCAAUUACUCUGGAACUUUGUAUGAACUUGCCUUACAACUAUACUUAUUACCCAAACUACCUGGGCCACAGGACACAGAAGGAAGCCUCUAUCAGCUGGGAGUCUUCCCUCUUCCCAGCUUUGGUUCAGACCAACUGCUACAAGUACCUGAUGUUUUUUGCCUGUACAAUCUUAGUACCAAAAUGUGACCCCCAUACAAAUCAGCGGAUCCCACCUUGCAGGACAUUAUGUGUACAGUCUAAGGAACGCUGUGAGGCUGUGCUUGGGAUUGUAGGUCUGCAGUGGCCAGAAGAUACAGACUGCACUCAGUUUCCAGACGAGAACUCAGACAACCAAACCUGUUUAACACCAGAUGAAGAUGUAGAAGAAUGCUCACCCAGUCACUUCAAGUGCCGUUCUGGGAGGUGCGUCCUGGCGUCCCGGAGAUGCGAUGGUCAAGCUGACUGUGAGGAUGACAGUGAUGAGGACAGCUGUGGUUGCAGAGAAAGGGGUCUUUGGGAGUGUCCUUUGAAGAAACUGUGCAUCAAACACACCAUGAUCUGUGAUGGUUUCCCAGACUGCCCUGACAUGAUGGAUGAAAAGAAUUGCUCAUUUUGUGACGAGAGUGAACUUGAAUGUGCCAACCAUGAGUGUGUGCCCCGUGAGCUCUGGUGUGAUGGGCAGGCAGACUGCAGUGACAGCUCAGAUGAAUGGGACUGUGUUACACUGUCUAAAACCACAAAUUCCUUGAUGCUCCUGACCAUUCACAGGUCAGCUGCUGAUAACCAUGUUUGUGCUGAUGAGUGGCAAGAAAACUUAAGCCAACUGGCCUGCAAUCAGAUGGGUUUAGGAGGACCAUCCAAAACAGAAAUUGUAAUAGAGAGUGAGCAAAUGCAGGACCAAAAAUGGCUGAAUCUACACCCAGAUUGGAAGAAUAAAAAUGCAUCGACUUUACAUGCACUUCUAGUGAAUGGACAGACGUGUCAAAGCAGAAGCAAAGUGGCUCUCUUUUGCACCAAAGAAGACUGCGGCCGCCGGCCCGCCGCCCGCAUGAGCAAGAGGAUCCUGGGCGGCAGGACCAGCCGGCCGGGCCGCUGGCCCUGGCAGUGCUCCCUGCAGAGCGAGCCCAGCGGGCACGUCUGCGGCUGCGUUCUCAUCGCGAGGAGAUGGGUCCUGACCGUGGCACACUGCUUCGAAGGGAGAGAAAAUGCAGCUGUCUGGAAAGUAGUAUUUGGGAUUAGCAAUCUUGAUCAUCCAUCAAGUUUCAUGCAGACCCGACUAGUGAGGACCAUCAUCCUCCAUCCACGCUACAACAGAGCAGUUGUAGACUAUGAUAUCAGCAUUGUGGAACUAGAUGAGGACAUCAACGAGACAAGCUAUGUAAGACCUGUCUGCUUGCCCAGCAAGAGCCAAUUGGUUCAGCCAGACACCUACUGCUACAUCACAGGCUGGGGACACAUGGGCAACAAAAUGCCUUUCAAGCUUCAAGAAGGAGAGGUUCGCAUAAUUUCCUUAGAACAAUGCCAGUCAUAUUUUGACAUGAAAAUCAUCACCAGCAGGAUGCUGUGUGCAGGCUACGAAUCUGGCACUGUGGACUCUUGCAUGGGUGACAGUGGAGGACCACUUGUGUGUGAGCAUACUGCUGGGCGCUGGACUUUGUUUGGUUUAACAUCUUGGGGCUCUGUCUGCUUUUCCAAGGUUUUGGGACCUGGAGUUUACAGUAACGUGUCACAUUUUAUUGAGUGGAUUGAAAGACAAAUAUACAUCCACACCUUUCUGCUAAACUAACUCCAGAUGGUAAGAAUUGUGCUGACAGAUAAAAGAAAAAAGGAAUCAGACCUUCAACACUGAAGGUUUUGCAGUCCAGAAACUCUGUGAAAAGGAGUUGCAAGCUCUGUCUAUUCUUGUUGUGGAGCUAUGGAAUAUGCAGUGAAUGUUACCGGUAGAUCCUUUGCUCAUGACUAUACUUUGUGGUAG